CACUGCUCGAGCUCACACACGACUCAUAAGUGCACCUUCUGGUCUUCUCCUCUUCUCUUUCUCGUCUUUCUUCAUUGUACCGUUAGUCUUUACUGCUGUGGAGCUUCACUCGCGUAAAGACAGGCUGGACCUGUCUUUAACUGCUCGAACCCCCCAACCUUUUACUCGUACUCGAUAAACACGUACACAUGGCGUCCUCGACACGGCCAAAGCCCGCUCGGAAGAGCUCACAGCAGCACCGCUCUACUCUGUCUCUGCAAAAGACCGAGAUCAAGAUCAACGUAUAUGAUCUUCUUCCUCCUGGCAAGGUAUCCUCGGUAUUAUGGGCUCUUGGAGGGUCUCUUCUACACUCUGGAGUUGUCAUAAGAGAUAGGGAGUACGCCUAUGGUGGCCACGAUAAGCAUGGUGUCAGUGGGGUGUAUUGGACUCAACCUCGACUAGAACCACCAGGUGGAACCUUCAGGAUAGAAAUACUGCAAGGACUAUCAUAUCGAGACGACAGGGAGCUUGACGAAAUCAUACGAGAGGCUUCCCAAAAGUUUCUCGGCACUUCAUACAACCUCCUCACCAACAACUGUAACCACUUCACAUCAUACCUCUGCGAAAAGCUCACAUCUCGUCCCGCACCCGCCUGGCUCAACCGCGCUGCAAGCAUCGGUGUUGCUCUACCAUGCGUAGUACCACGGGAAUGGAUAGCUCCCCCUGAUCACGACACGGCAGAUGGAGAGUUGCUUGACGAGGACGAUGACGAUGACGAAACGACAUUAAUGCUACGGGCUGACCGAAGCCGGCGGAAUCGUCCUUCAUUGGAUGACCAGGACAACUGGGACAGCGAAAUGGACAGGAUAUCAAACAGCAGUAGUGGAGGUUCGAGAGCAACCAGCAGGAAUAAAGCACCCAGACUCGUGUCCGUGAAGGAUACCAGUGGUAGAGAAAUGCCGCCUGCAGAAAGAGCACCAAUGCCGAGACGGAUAACAUGAUUCUUGUAUGCUUUUAUGCGCGGAGUUCUGGUUCGGAGCCACGAUAUAAGGAAAUUGGAGAAAUCGGAGUUAGAGGGAUAGAGGGAACUUGUUUUGAUAUAUCUACAGACAGUAGCCAAGCUCACAUGAGCCAGACAACCGAUGAUUCCAGCGAAACGCUUCCACCAGAGUCAAACGUCCUUGAUCGUACAUGCCUGUAAUAAUACGCGUCUGAAGCUUCAUAUUGUACAGCUCGCCCAAAAUGCAUCAUCUCUAAACCAACCCACCACACAUUAACCCAACCGCCUCAUCCUCGGACUCCUCAACCCUCCAAACUUCAACCUCGUCGCAUCCGUCAGCUUCUUAAUCUUAGUCCUCACAUUCCUCCCCU